CUUUUUUGUCAUCCCCAAAAGUCCCAUUUUUUUUCUCGUGUUAUUCUUUUUCAUUCGAUCAUUAUUUUCAAAACCCUAAAUUUUGUUCCAAGAUCUGUUCUUAGCUUUAUUUUUUUUAUAUUUUUCGUGUUUAAAUUUAGUGCUUUUCUAGGGUUUUUUAAUUGGAAAAUAGAGGGUGAUUUGGGGUCAAGGCUGGCGAGUUUUCGGCUAAAGUAAUGGCGGAUCCGCCUGGAGUCUGCCCUGUUAGUAUUGCUAAUCGGUUCGAGAACAUUUCAUAUUCUGCUGCUGCUCCUUGUGUGGGAUUGGAUUUGAUAGGCUUACAAAGAGGUGACCGUUGCGAACUGUGACAAACAAGGAAACCGGACAAGUAAAAGCAUGCUGAGUGUGCUACGGGUGCACCUCCCUUCUGAUAUACCAAUUGUUGGCUGCGAGCUCACGCCUUACGUACUCUUACGCCGACCAGACAAGAUUGUUACCAGUGAUGAUGUGCCUGAGUAUGCCCCUCUUAAUGGUCACUUCUUGAGGUACAAGUGGUAUCGCAUACAAAGUGAUAAGAAAGUUGGUGCCUGUAGUGUACAUCCCUCUGAGCAAGCCACUCUGCAAUGCCUAGGUUGUGUAAAGGCAAAAAUAUCUGUUGCUAGAAGUUACCAUUGCUCUCCAAAGUGCUUCUCAGAUGCAUGGCAGCAUCAUCGUGUUCUUCAUGACCGUGCAGCAACAAGUGCUGUAAAUGAAAAUGGAAAUGAAGAGGAAGAGAUAUUUGGCCGUUUCAAUAGUACAGGAUCUGGAGUUAUUAGUGCUAGUUUAACUGGUUCAGCAUCAAGCACUAGCUUGACAAAUGGUUCAACACCUCUGUAUCCUGCUGCAGUUACACAAAGGAGUGGUGGUGAAACCUGGUUUGAAGUUGGAUGCUCUAAAACAUAUACACCAACUACAGAUGAUAUUGGUCAUGUUCUCAAGUUUGAGUGUGUGGUAAUUGAUGCAGAAACGAUAGUACCUGUGGGACAUCCCAAUACUAUUUUGACAUCUCGUGUUAUUCCAGCGCCUUCCCCUAGUCCUCGACAUUUGAUCCCAGUAGGUGGAGCUGAUAUGAUGGCACAACUAGAUUCAGAUGGCCGCAUUUCACCCUCUGGAACUUUUACUGUUCUAUCGUACAACAUUUUGUCUGACGCAUAUGCUAGCAGUGAGUUGUACAGUUAUUGCCCUUCAUGGGCCCUUUCUUGGCCAUAUCGCAGACAGAACCUGUUGAGGGAAAUCGUUGGCUAUCGUGCAGAUAUUGUUUGUCUUCAAGAGGUGCAAAGCGACCAUUUUGAUGAUUUCUUUGCUCCUGAGCUGGAUAAACAUGGGUAUCAAGCUUUAUACAAGAGGAAGACAAAUGAGGUUUACAGUGGAAAUAUCCAUACAAUUGAUGGUUGUGCUACAUUUUUCCGUAGAGAUAGAUUUUCUCAUGUUAAAAAAUACGAGGUUGAAUUUAAUAAGGCUGCUCAAUCCUUGACUGAGGUUGCAGUUCAAACUACUCAGAAGAAAGCUGCUUUAAAUCGUUUGGUUAAGGAUAAUGUUGCACUAAUUGUGGUUUUAGAAGCAAAGUUUAUCAAUCAGGGAGCUGACAAUCCUGGGAAGCGGCAGCUUCUAUGUGUGGCAAACACACAUGUCAAUGUUCAACAAGAGCUAAAAGAUGUUAAAAUCUGGCAGGUGCAUACUCUGUUAAAGGGGUUGGAGAAAAUUGCUGCAAGUGCGGACAUUCCAAUGUUGGUGUGUGGGGAUUUUAAUUCAGUUCCUGGGAGUGCUCCCCAUUCACUUCUUGCUAUGGGAAAGGUAGAUCCAUUGCAUCCGGAUUUAGUGGGUGAUCCUCUUGCAAUUUUGCGUCCUUACAGCAAGUUGACUCAUCAGUUGCCACUGGUUAGUGCUUACUCUGCCCUUCUGAGGGGUGUUGGUCUUGGUUUGGAGCAGCAGAGAAGAAGGAUGGACCCAACAACUAAUGAACCUUUAUUUACAAAUUGCACACGAGAUUUUAUCGGCACCCUAGAUUACAUAUUUUACACUGCGGACUCUUUAACGGUGGAGUCGUUAUUGGAACUCCUGGAUGGGGAUAGCUUAAGAAAAGACACAGCUCUUCCUUCUCCAGAAUGGUCCUCUGAUCAUAUAGCUUUAUUAGCUGAAUUUCGGUGUGUGCCCAGGCCUAGACGCUGAUACUGUAAGGUCUUGAAGUCUUGAAGACCAAGAAAUUGGGUGAGAGAAGCCGAUCGAUACAGAUAAGUUAUAUAUUGUAAGAAAUGGUAGAUCAUGCUCCUUCUGUUUUAAGGUAUCUCUAUCAGGAAUCCACUUGCUGUGAUCAUAUGUUACACUACACCUUUGUUUCAUAGAAAAGUCAUUAUGACCUUUUUCAAC